CGACAAGCGGGAUUUUUGGUAUUGAGAGUUGAGGGCGCUUAUUGUGAUCCUGAUGAGCCGUCCUGAUCCGGGUUAUGGGCCUUGUUCUAGCGCUACAGCAUAGCUAUUCAAACCAAAAGGAUGGGGUUUGUCUUGAGACUCCUCAGCUCUCGUCGGAAUUUGUCGACUUACAUCACUUACCAGCUGAGCUUGCUCUCAAUAUAUUGUCGAGGCUCAAUGCCACUGACUUGUACCUAGCAUCUUGUGUUUGGUAUGAUCUUGCUUACGAUGAGGUGUUGUGGAAGAGUUUGUGCAAAGCUUCGUGGCCAUUUUGCUCGGCGUACAAGAAUGGUGUACUUCAAUCUGAGCCGUCAUUUCGUCGACUGUACCUUAAGCUGGAUGAAGCGCGUUUGACGUUCAAUGCAGACGCCUUUGAAGGUAUGGGGUACAUCUUCAGACAUCGUCUUGUUGACGAUAAUACCGAUGAUCUUGUUAACUUUUUCCACAAUUCUUCCGGAUUAGAUCCAUUCCAGAAGCGUCGAUAUUUGGAAACGAGGCCCCAGGUUCUACGCGGACUAGUGAAUUUAAAAGAUUUCCGGAACUAUUCAUUACCAAAUGCGUUAAGAGGUCUUUUUACUGAACUGCCAGUCCCAUCAUCAGAACCUAGCGCGUCAGCUUUCAUCCACCUGUUGGUCAGUCUGUUUUCCGAAAGAUUUACUCAAUGCAAUCCAGAUCUUGGGAUCACACGUGAUGAGAUCUAUUUACUGUGUUUUUCAAUGAUCAUGUUAUCCGUCGAUCUCUGGAGCCCAUCCAUCAAAAAUAAAAUGUCUAAACGUGAAUUUAUUCGCAAUACAAGACAAGUGGCAACCACAACAUCGGAUGAGUUUUUGGGAAACUUAUAUGAUAAUGUGUAUAUUGUUGGGCAUGUCGUACUGAUCGAUUGUUCUGGACCUCCGUUCCGUCAUUCUGAGGUUAAAGCAAUCCUUGUGAAAAAUCAACCUCUGCCAUUACCAGCUUUUUAAAUAAGUUAACCAGUAGUUAUUUCAUCCACUGUGAUUUAUUUUCAUUAUUUCAUGCUAUUUUUUGUACUUUAAAUCGUAACGUUAAACAUUCACGCAAUGAUUCAGUUCAAAUUAGUUGGUGUUGUGUAUUAUUUUGAAUUAUCAGUUAGUUAUUUGUUGGUUAAAUAACAAGUAACUAGUUUCGUAUCAAGGCUAUUACAGCUAAUAGCCGUCAACUUUUUUCAUAGUUAUUUGUAAACCAAAUAAAACAGACAAUUAACUAGUCAUAUACACUGUAAUUUACAUAGAAGAUAACUUCACGUAAGAGGAGUAAAAAGGCAUUGUUAAUUGAGUGAUAUAUUAUAUACGUUUUCAUGGAUUUACUUAAUCUUAGUAAACAAUUUUAUUUCAAAGUAAUACAAAUCAACAUUUUCCCUAUCAUUCUAUGAAAAGUCGAAUCUUGUUUCUUUACAUUAUUUUUGGAAUAUAUAUAUUCUAUCUAUGCGAUAUUUCGUUUUUAAAUUUUCUAAUAACUUAAUUUAUGUACACCUUUCCAAGAUAUAUUCAAUCGACCACUACUACAUUAGUAAACUUACUAAAUAUUCUAAUGUACCAGUAGUUCAUGUAAAUGAUGGUAAGACCUAUAACUUACCUAGUUACUUUAUUACCAUGUAGUGUCUUCAAUGCCAAAGUUGGAUCUUGAUUAACUCUUUUAUGAUCUGAAUAUUCAAAAUUUAUGUUAACAGAAAUUACUUCAAUUUGUGUCUAAGAACAAUGUCUUGAAGUAAACUGGUGUCCUUGUAAUUGCAAUUAAAGCAACCCAUCAUCUGUCUUUAAGUAGCUCUGUGAAAUUAGUAGUCAUUUUCAUCGUAUCACUAGUGAAGUUAUUUGUCUUUUGUAGUGUAUAUAUCAAUAACAAGGUUGGAUUUGUUAUUUUCAAGUAAAUUGGGCAUAAGGUAUAUAGUAUUCUUUUUACAAAAGACUGAGCAAUGGCUGUUAACACGGUUUAAUUACUAAGUACAAGUUAUCGUACUAGGAUUUGAAUCAUACUUAUUAUGAGAGUCACUGAUAUUGAGCGACUUCCAACCGAAGUCAGUUGAACAUAAGC